AUGGUGCUGAAAGGUGAACACGGAAGAUUGGGGCUGAUUGUGUUAGUGAAGUGGGCUAACAGCGAACCAUUGUGGAAUGGUUGGAGCAAAGGCGUAGGACGCAAGCGAUCGUUUAUAUGGGUAUUCUUGGCUGCAACACUGGAUUUAGCGGAAGGUCUGUUGACAAGAGUACAUCAUUUCUCCGUAAUCACAAACAUGUUGUCAAACACAAAAGAACGAGUAGUGCAAAUUACAACGUUUUGCAACAACGAGUUUUACUUCUUUGAUCAUUCUCAACGUUCUUGUGCUGUACCAGAACUUGACGAAGUGCAAUGCUUAGUUGACAAUGGUAAGAGUGCUGCUUUAUGCUUGGUACACUUUUGA